CCGCAGCUCGGUCCCGCGCUGCCCGCCUGGCCGGGCCCGCGCCGGGAUGGGGUAGGGACAGCACCACGGAGUCGGCGAUGGGCCGCCCUCUGGGCACCGAGCAGCCCCCCGAGGCCUGACCCACCGCGAGGACCGGCGGAGGAGCCCCGCCUGGAUGUCAAACGGAUGCCCCGGUGCCUCCCAGCAGACUCGGUGGGGACCAUGGCUUCGCUAAUGCCCCUCUCCCCAUAUCUAAGCCCCACGGUCCUUCUGCUGGUCAGUUGUGACCUGGGCUUUGUGCGAGCAGACCGGCCUCCAUCUCCUGUGAAUGUGACAGUCACUCACCUCAGAGCCAACUCGGCCACUGUGUCCUGGGACGUCCCAGAAGGCAACAUCGUCAUUGGCUACUCCAUUUCCCAGCAACGACAGAAUGGCCCUGGGCAACGUGUGAUCCGAGAGGUGAACACCACGACUCGGGCCUGUGCUCUCUGGGGCCUGGCUGAAGACAGUGACUACACAGUGCAGGUCAGGAGCAUCGGCCUCCGGGGAGAAAGCCCCCCAGGGCCACGGGUGCACUUCCGAACUCUCAAGGGGUCUGACCGGCUACCCUCCAACAGCUCAAGCCCAGGUGACAUCACAGUGGAGGGUCUGGAUGGAGAGCGACCACUGCAGACGGGGGAGGUGGUCAUCAUUGUGGUGGUGUUGCUCAUGUGGGCUGCUGUAAUCGGGCUAUUCUGCCGUCAGUAUGACAUCAUCAAGGACAAUGACUCCAACAACAACCCCAAGGAGAAGGGGAAGGGACCGGAACAGAGCCCUCAGGGAAGGCCAGUGGGGACAAGACAGAAAAAGUCACCAUCCAUCAAUACUAUUGACGUAUGAAUGAAGAAGCAGAACCAGAAGACGGAUGCCCUAAUAAUCUGGGGCUGGGGCUGGGGUCAGGGAGAGCCCAAGAUGGUGAUCUGCCCAAGACUGAAGGAUCCCACAGUCUCCCAGAGGGUAAUGGCACUCCCACAAUCUCAGGCCUGGUAUCCAUCCUCUUUCCACUGUGAGCAGGGCCAGAAGGUAGGUCUGUUAGGCUCUGAGCCCCUGGACCUGGGGAGUCAGAUGGGAUAUAUUCUUCCACCCCCCAGGUCCAGAGGAGGGUCACUUGUUCAACCUUAUCCCAUUGGGUCCCAAAUGGGGCCCCCAUUUCACCUACAUCAGGACCCUUGGCAUCCCCUGCUGCCCCCACAUCUUGCCUCCGGGUCUCAGAGAGCAUUAUUUCUGUGGGUACUCCCCCUCCCCCAGAAAAUAAAAGGAACUGUCUGGGUCUGGAGGCAGACGCUGCACUGCACUACUCCAACGUCUUCCAUGGAGCCUCAGGUGCUCCCCUUCUCACGGGCAGCCCCUCCAGCUGCUGGUGGUCUCACCCCUUGGACAUUUUUCCAAUAAAGGUUCUUGGACAAACUGCA